CCGACUGCGUUCACUGCGUUUUCUUGAUUUCCUCUGUUUGCGCUGCGUUUGUCUCCUUUCCUCCUCCUCGGCUUCCUCGUUUUGGUUCUCUUUGCGAGGGUAAAGUUCUCUUCUUCGCGCCUCCGGAGAACAGAUUGUUUGUGGCUUUUUGAGGUUUGAAGGAGAUCAGCAGCAGCGAUGCCUCAGCGUACCUUGACUCGCGCCCACAGCGUUCGGGAGCGCAUUGGUGACUCUCUUUCUUCCCAUCCCAAUGAACUCGUGGCCCUUUUCUCAAGGUUCAUUAAUCAGGGGAAGGGGAUGCUGCAGCCUCACCAGCUGCUGGCAGAAUAUGCAGCUGCGUUUUCUGAAGCAGAUAGGGAGAAGCUGAAGGACGGGGCCUUUGAGGAUGUCAUUAAGGCAGCACAGGAAGCCAUAGUCAUUCCUCCAUGGGUUGCUUUAGCCAUCCGGCCGCGCCCCGGAGUCUGGGAGCACGUCCGGGUGAACAUUAGUGAGCUUGCCGUGGAAGAGUUGACUGUGCCCGAGUACCUGCACUUUAAGGAAGAACUUGUUGAUGGAAGCUCACAAAACAAUAACUUUGUGCUGGAGUUGGAUUUUGAGCCCUUCAAUGCUUCGUUCCCUCGCCCUUCGUUAUCAAAAUCCAUUGGAAAUGGAGUGCAGUUCCUUAACCGACACCUUUCCUCAAAGUUAUUCCAUGACAAAGAAAGCAUGUACCCCUUGCUAAAUUUCCUGCGGCAGCACAACUACAAGGGCAUGUCGAUGAUGCUCAAUGAUAGGAUACAAAGCCUUAGUGCUCUUCAAGCUGCAUUAAGGAAGGCUGAGCAACAUCUAUUGAGUAUCCCAUCUGCCACCCCAUACUCAGAAUUCAACCACAGAUUUCAAGAGCUUGGCUUGGAGAAAGGUUGGGGUGACACGGCUCAGCGUGUGUACGAGAACAUUCAUCUGCUACUGGACCUUCUGGAGGCACCUGAUCCUUGUACCUUGGAGAAUUUCCUUGGGACAAUUCCUAUGAUGUUUAAUGUUGUGAUCCUUUCUCCGCAUGGCUACUUUGCCCAAGCUAAUGUCUUGGGGUAUCCUGACACUGGUGGUCAGGUUGUUUAUAUCUUGGAUCAAGUCCGUGCCUUAGAAAAUGAGAUGCUGCUGAGGAUCAAGCGCCAAGGGCUUGACAUCACACCCCGAAUUCUUAUUGUUACCAGAUUGCUUCCUGAUGCAGUAGGCACUACUUGCGGACAGAAACUUGAGAAGGUCAUUGGCACCGAGCACACUCACAUUUUACGAGUUCCAUUUAGAACAGAGAACGGAAUCGUCCGCAAAUGGAUUUCCCGUUUCGAAGUGUGGCCUUACCUUGAGACCUAUACUGAGGAUGUAGCAAAUGAGUUGGCUGGAGAACUGCAGACCACCCCUGAUCUGAUCAUUGGAAACUACAGUGAUGGAAAUCUAGUUUCGACUUUGCUAGCACAUAAAUUAGGAGUAACCCAGUGCACCAUCGCCCAUGCACUGGAGAAAACGAAGUAUCCUAACUCGGACAUCUAUUGGAAGAAGUUUGAGAAUCAGUAUCAUUUCUCUUGCCAAUUCACAGCUGAUUUGAUUGCGAUGAAUCAUGCUGACUUUAUCAUCACUAGCACCUUCCAGGAAAUUGCUGGGAGCAAGGAUACCGUGGGGCAGUAUGAGUCUCACACCGCUUUUACUCUUCCUGGUCUCUACCGAGUUGUUCAUGGAAUCGAUGUGUUUGACCCAAAGUUCAACAUUGUCUCCCCUGGAGCUGAUUUGUCGAUAUACUUCCCUUACACAGAGAAGCAAAAGAGACUCACUUCCCUCCACCCCGAGAUUGAGGAGCUGCUCUUCAACCCUGAAGAUAACACUGAGCACAAGGGUGUGCUGAAUGACACAAAAAAACCCAUUAUAUUCUCCAUGGCAAGGCUGGACCGAGUGAAGAACUUGACAGGUCUGGUCGAGUUCUAUGGCCGGAAUGAACGCUUGAAGGAGUUGGUGAACCUUGUGGUAGUGUGUGGAGACCACGGGAAAGAGUCCAAGGAUCUCGAGGAACAAGCGGAAUUUAAGAAGAUGUACGAUCUCAUUGAGAAGUACAAUCUUAAUGGGCACAUUCGCUGGAUCUCAGCCCAGAUGAACCGUGUUCGCAACGGCGAGCUCUACCGAUACAUUGCUGACACAAAAGGAGCUUUCAUUCAGCCUGCCUUCUACGAAGCCUUUGGACUCACCGUCGUCGAGUCCAUGACCUGUGGGCUGCCCACCUUUGCAACUGUUCAUGGAGGACCCGGCGAAAUUAUAGUAGAUGGAGUUUCUGGCUUCCACAUUGACCCUUACCAGGGUGACAAGGCUGCUGAAAUCAUCGUAAAUUUCUUUGAGAAGUGCAAGGAAGACCCAACCCACUGGGACAAGAUCUCACUAGGAGGGCUGAAAAGAAUUGAAGAGAAGUACACUUGGAAGCUCUACUCGGAGAGGCUGAUGACACUCUCUGGAGUUUAUGGUUUCUGGAAGUACGUCUCCAACCUGGACAGGCGCGAGACUCGCCGUUACCUCGAGAUGUUCUACGCUCUUAAGUAUCGCAACCUGGCAAAGUCUGUUCCUCUGGCAGUCGAUGGAGAAGCCAUUAAUGGCUCCAAGUAGCUCGAUCUGUUUGUUUGCAUGUCUGAGAUUUAGAAGGUAGAGUCUGUUCCUCCCAGACCCUGCAUCGGCAGGAGUCUUAUCCAUUGGGUCCGUCUGUCUUCGUAGGUUUUGUUCUUCAUGAGUUUCAUGUCUCAACUAAUGUGAGGGUUGCGCCUUUUCUUUUCUUUGGCAAGAUUGAAACUUGCUGUUGUCUUCGAGGUUUCCAGUGUGAGGUCUAAGGCUGUAAUGUCAUGCCAUGCCAUGGCAUGCUGCAAUAAAAGUACCUUCCCUUUCAUUCCAAAAUA